UGCUGGGCGGGCGGGGCGCAGGCCGCGGGGCCCGAGCCGGGGGGAGCGGGCGAGCGGAGGCGCCGAGGAUCCGAUUCACUCGCUGGGGAGACCUAUGGGCCGAAGCCGUGUAAAUGCGUUUUAAGGCGAGUGCGGGGAGUGGCUCGGGGAGCCUCCGGGGGCGGACGCCCUCGGCUCCAGUGCUGACCUGCCCCCGGCCCCCUUGCCUCCUCUCAGCAGGGGCCUCGGCUCCGCAACUGCCACUCCUCCUUGGGGUGUUGCACAAGUUUCGAGGUCACCGGCGACCCUCCCUAGCAGCGCGCCUGGCUCUGGCCCCCGCGAAGGAGGACGGGGCUUGGUAAGUGUGUUGCAUACUUUCUAAGGCAGCGAGGCUGCGGGGCAGCGGCUCCAUCCAGCCCAACGGCUCCUCCUCCUCGGCAUGGCUGGCUACUUGAGCGAAACAGACUUUGUGAUGGUGGAGGAGGGCUUCAGCACCCGAGACCUGUUGGAGGAGCUCACUCUGGAGGCCUCACAGGCCACCGCGGGUGACGUUGCUGCCUUCUUCGUGGCCGACCUGGGUGCUGUGGUGAGGAAGCACUUUUGCUUCCUGAAGUGCCUGCCCCGAGUCCGGCCUUUUUACACAGUCAAGUGCAACAGCAGCCCAGGUGUGCUGAAGGUCCUGGCUGAGCUGGGGCUGGGCUUCAGCUGUGCCAACAAGGCAGAGAUGGAGUUGGUUCAGCGUAUUGGCGUCCCUGCCAAUAAGAUCAUCUACGCCAACCCCUGUAAGCAAAUUGCACAGAUCAAGUACGCUGCCAAGCACGGGGUCCGGCUGCUGAGCUUUGACAACGAGAUGGAGCUGGCAAAGGUGGUAAAGGGCCACCCCAGUGCCAGGAUGGUUCUGGGCAUUGCUACUGAUGACUGUCACUCCCUGAGCCCCCUGAGCUUCAAGUUUGGAGCGUCACUGAAAUCCUGCAGACACCUGCUUGAAAAUGCCAAGAGGAGCCACGUGGAGGUAGUGGGGGUGAGUUUUCACGUUGGUAGCGGCUGUCCUGACCUUCAUGCCUACGCUCAGUCCAUCGCAGACGCCCGACUUGUGUUUGAGAUGGGCGCUGAGCUGGGCCACAGGAUGCAUCUCCUGGACCUUGGUGGUGGCUUUCCUGGAUUGGAGGGGGCCAAAGUGAGAUUCGAAGAGAUUGCUUCUGUGAUCAACUCAGCCUUGGACCUGUACUUCCCAGAGGGCUGUGGCGUGGACAUCCUUGCCAGGCUGGGGCGCUACUAUGUGACUUCGGCUUUCACCUUGGCUGUCAGCAUCAUCGCCAAGAAGGAGGUUCUUCUGGACCAGCCUGGAAGGGAGGAGGAAAGUGGUUCCAUCCCCAAGACCAUCGUGUACCACCUCAGUGAGGGCGUGUAUGGGAUCUUCAACUCAGUCCUGUUUGACAACACCUGCCCUACCCCCAUCCUGCAGAAGAAAUCAUCCGCGGAUCAGCCCCUGUGCAGCAGCAGCCUGUGGGGCCCUGUGGCCGACGGCCAGGACUGCGUGGCUGAGGGCCUGUGGCUGCCGCAACUACACGUAGGGGACUGGCUGGUCUUUGAGAACAUGGGCGCCUACACCGUGGGCAUGGCUUCCCUCCUCGGGGGGACCCAGACCUGCCGAGUCACCUAUGCCAUGUCCCGGGUGGCCUGGGAAGCGCUUCGAGGGCAGCUACUGCCUACAGAGCAGGACGAGGACACCGAGGGCAUGUGCAAGCCUCUGUCCUGUGGCUGGGAGAUCACAGACACCUUGUGCGUGGGCCCGGUCUUCACCCCGGCGAGCAUCAUGUGAGCGGACCCCGUUUCCCCCCGGAGAACUCCAGCGGGGCCGCAGAGAUGCCUCUGGGAGACGUGAGGAAAGCAGCAAACAGGGGCACCCUCUGGCCAGGACUGUGGUGCUCGCUCUGCUUCCCCCCACGCUCCGCC